AUGAAAUUACAUCGAGAACUCACAAUGGAGUCAACUUCUCAGCUUGAAAAUUUGCCAACAGAGAUUCUACUUCAUAUCCUCACACAUUUUGACGAUAUUCACUGCCUGUGGAAUCUCAUUGCCUCGUCACCAGCCUCCUACCGCGUGUUCAGCCAAUACAAGGAGGAAAUAUUCUGGCAUGCGCUCUUAGAGAGCAACAUACCAUUGCAAACGCAGGAAAUCAUUCGAUUCGUCAUACAACUCCGCGCUGGGGCUUUCAAAAAAACGAACUUUGACGAAGUAAUCGCCAAAAUCAAAGAACGAGAAGCUGGAAUUGUACUUGGCAGUAGUGAAGAAUUAGGCUACGAUUUUCCGACUAAAGAUUCUUCUGCAGUUCCUUCAUUGCGUGUUUUGCGUUCCAUACUCUGCAAAGCAGCUCAAAUUCACUGUCUAAGUCGCUCAUGUAUCGACUGGUACAUGCAGCAACUUAUUGUGGCCAAAUCAAACGGGCGGGUAACCUGGGAUUCCGACAAUGAAACAGCGACAAAGCCAUCAUGGAUAGAAGAACAGCGAGUGAUAAGGGCAUUCUGGAGAUUACAGCUAAUAUUCGAACUGGAAUCUGCCGUUCAGGCUUCACAACUUCGAUUUUCUUCCCAGAAUACGGGAACAAUAGACAGAUUGAACAUCAGAGUGCUAUAUGACAGCACCACGAGUAACCUAAAAGCUGCAUACAACGAAGUUAUGACAGUAGUCGAAUAUCUUCAAAAUCUGGAAAGCAAUCGCAAACAGCCUGUCACGUUGCACAAUAGGCUACCCUCGCCAGUGUGGUCAUUGAAGGAUAUCACACCCUCCACAUUACGGAUGCCAGCCACUACUGCGAUGCGAAAGUCGGCAUUGGUUCUACCCACGGAUGGUCUUUGGAUUGUAGACAGCCUAAGUCGGGGUGUGCAUUCACCUAUCAAAUAUUCAGGUUUCGAUCCGUAUCGGCAAAUGGGCUUCGCAAUAUGGGACAGACAUAGAAUUGCGAAAAUGGGCCUUGUAAGCCCCCCGGGUCAAGGACGGGUUACGGGUCUAGGCUCCUACUUUCCUCAAUGGCUACAACUCUUAAGUGGCAGCGACCUGGCUCGAGCAGAAGAAAUUAUGCAACACGUCGAAGAACAGGGAGAACGGCUAGUUCCAUUGCAACCUGUUAUCCAGGAUAAUGCGUCAUAA